AGCGGAGUUCUCUACAGGAGCUCUGGGUGAAAGAACUCCAAGGCAAAAACCGUUGCUGCAUCUGACAUCGUGAAAGCAACGAGAAACAGGUUGCCAGCAUGUCCACCUCCUUAAGGGUGAGCCCUUCUGUUCACGGCUAUCGCUUUGACACAGCUUUACGCAAGAAAGCAGUGGCGAACAUCUUUGAGAACCUGGAUCAAGAGUCACUCCAGAAGCUGUUCAGAAAUUCUGGGGACAGGAAAGCUGAAGAAAGGGCCAAGAUAAUCCUGGCCACCAACCAGGAUCUGGAGGAGAAAGCAAGAUCGCUCAUGGCUUUGAAGCAGAGGACAAGAGAGAAACUUUUCCAGUUCCUGAAGUUUGGGAAACACUCCAUCAAAGUCCACUGAAGAGUUCUGAAAGGGAGGACAGGAUGAAAAGAACUCAUUCAGCCAGACUCAUCAUUCUCAUGCAAGAGCGUCUUCAAGUGCUUUGAAACUGGCAGGGGGACAGAUUCCAGGAAUGUCGGUCGUGGAGAUUCAGUCCCGUUUUUGCACCUUUCAACUUUCACAGCCAAAGGCUUCCUCUGUUGACUCAAACUUGCAAGCUGCAAUGGGCGAGAAAGGCAAGAAAGCCGGCCUGCGAACAACAGAGAGAGCUGUCCGUGAGUCACAAUGAUGGAACAGGUGGGAGGACGAUCACACGAUCAGACUCAACUUUUCCCGGCCAACAACAGACUCAAUCAUUUUUUUUCUUAACUGUCUGUCUGACAAUCUGUCCUGACACUUGUUUAUUGAACGCACAAAGCCUUGUCUAAGCCUCCCUGUUGUCUGCUGGGAGGAAAGGCACUGGAAAAUGAUCAGUGACUAACUCUUUGCAUUUGUUGAAAAUGCACACCGUCUUGGUGUUUAAUGCACGCAUACGUCAUAGAGAGAACUUUGUUUCAGGACACUGUGAAGCAACCCUAUGGCUUACAAUGAUGCUUACAAGCAGAAGUGGGUCGUUCAACUAAUUGCACAAACUUCUUUUUUUAAAAAAGUUUCUUCCUGAACUGUGAACUGUGCAAGUCUUUUGGGGACUCUGAUUUCUCUUUGCAUCAAUGUCUUUUUAAAAAAAUUUUUAGUUUGCUAUAGUUAAAAUUCUUGUAGUGAAUUUAACAGGCGACAAGCUCUGUUAAUGUUGUAUGAUGAUGCUGUAGUUGUGCUGCCAUUAAUUUAUUGCACAUGCUAAUCUGAAGAGCAAAUAAAUUAUAAGGUUGAUAAAAGUG